CUCAGGCAGACAAACUAUCGCCGUCUUUAUAGGGGCUCUAUGCCACGUUUCAACUGUCAUCGCAUGCUUUUAUCUAUCUGCUGCCGCAACUGAAGAUCCAUCAUGGCUGUUUAGCUUUUACCUGAAACGAGGCGAUCUAUCGGGGACUACUUUCCAAAUCCAAAACGCAACAAUAAGAUACACGUUCGUGUUACGCUCCGCUUCCACUUAACCGUCGUCGAACUCCAUUGGCCUGCGAACCCUUGUUCUUGGACUGUCUCUCCGGCUUUCGAAUAACCAUAACACCCCCUCUUAUACUCCUCAAAGAUGCCUGCCGACUAUACAUCUACCGCUCGGGCUUUGUCCCUCCCCACCUCGCCUUCAGAAUCGCUUUCACCCGCAGACAAUGAUUCGUAUCCGCCAUGGAGUCAUUUGGCAUCUGGCAGGAGCAAUUCCGCCCACUCCUCCGAGCGUCCUACCCUCUGGAAGCAGGUCUCCCAUCGGUUGAAUGAAACCUCGCAGCGCAUGAUGGCAAUAUGGCGAAGAUUGAGCUUUUGGCAGAAAGUAGGUGCAGCAGCAGCAGCUUUGCUUGCCAAUCUCCUUGGAAUUGGAUUCCUGGUUUUCACAGGCAAAGUCUUCAUAUGGCUUGGCCCUGUAGCAGAGAAAUGGGAGCAAUCAGCGGGGGCAUACACUGUCCUCUGGUUAUGUGUAUUCUUUGUCUCCUUUCCACCCUUGGUGGGGUGGUCUACCUUUGGUACCAUAUCUGGCUACAUCUUUGGCGUAUGGAAAGGAUGGUUCCUGUACGCUUCUGCGACUGUGCUGGGAUCUACGUGCUCCUUCAUUGUUUCUCGGACUAUCCUGUCUAAAUUCGUCAACCGAAUGAUGGAGCGUGAUAAAAGAUUCGCAGCUCUUGCUUUGACUUUGAAGUACGAUGGACUGAAAUUACUGUGUAUGAUUCGCCUCUGUCCUUUACCGUACUCAGUAUGCAACGGUGCUGUUUCAACUUUCCCGACCGUUCAGCCAUUGAUGUAUGGGCUUGCCACGGCUAUCGUCACCCCUAAGCUUCUUGUCCCGGCCUUUGUAGGCAGCCGGAUCCGCUUACUUUCCGAGAAAGGCGAGGAGAUGAGCGCAGGUUCUAAAGCCGUGAAUAUCGGCAGCAUCAUCGUAACCGUUGCGAUCGGGAUUUUCACCGGUUGGUACAUAUAUAAAAGAACCAUGGCACGAGCUAAAGAGUUAGAGGCUCAGGAAAGGGCCGAUAUACGUCGAUCUCUGCAGGCUGAUCAUGCUGACCGCCGCCCUCACCAUGCCUUCUCUGAGGACCCGGAUGUUAACACUGCCGCCACAACUCUUGCUCGUGACGAGGAGGAGCGUCUCGGAUUCCAUGAUUUCGAUGACGAUAAUGUCGAUCUGGCCAUUGAUGAUGAGAGCGGUGGGGAGAACUCGCCCAGACUUCAGACCCGGGGCCCCUACCGGGAUGAGUUCACAGAUAAUGAUUCUGACGACGUCUUCAAGAAUGGAGACGACGAGGGGGAGACGUAUGGCCUACAUACACACGUGCAGAAGAGCUGAAGCUCGGAGCCGCAUUUGUGUUCUAUACAUGGCUUGCGAUAGAGGUAACUGCCACGGUUCAUGUCCUAUAAGAUUUCUAUCAGUGGUGUGGAUCGUUUGCGAUAUUGAAAGUUUUCGGGGAGUUUGGCGUUCUCGGUUGUCCAGUCCCAUACCCCAAUCUCCCGUCGGUAAUCCUAUCGAUCUGAAAAGAGUUCUGUUCGUGUAGGAGUCAGUAGGAGAAGCGAGAUCACUUAGAUAAGGUAAACAACUAUAAAUAUAUUCACC